AUGUGUACGAAGGUUAGACCAAUAGUAUCGCAUUCUCUCCUGGCCUUCAUUGUGAACCUAGUGGAAUUGAUGACACGGAGUGCGGCCGACAAAUAUAUCAGCCUUGCGAACGCACUGGAGCAGCUCGACCCUGCGGAGGUUGAUCAUGUCUACAACGAGCUUGAGCCAGUCGAUCCCAAUGCCUUGGAAGGUGAAUGGGAUAUGCAUGUCAUUGAUACAGGGCAUCCUGCACAAGCGUUAGCGGAGGACGUCCUUCCUCUAUUGAGUACCAUGGACUUCGAUGAUGACGCCGAGAAGGUCAAACAGUGCUUGCGUUCUGCCGUUCAACACUUCUAA